UAAGUUUUGUUUUCAUUUAUUUUUUUUUGAUUUUAAUUUAUCAAAUACUUUUUAAUAUUAAUUUAUUAGUUUAAAUAAAUGCAGUUAGUUAUUCUGUUACAUAAAUAAUGAGUGAAGAACAAACUUUAUCAGUUUCAAAGGGGGUUUUUGUAUUUAAAAAUGGAAUUAAAGCAGCCUCCAAAAGGUCGAAGAGCAAAAAACAUGCUGGAACAUCCCUGACACUUCUCUCCAAAAACCCAUGGUAUAGAUCAUACAGUCAGUUAUGGACAAACCUUGAGUCUCAAAUCGAAGAGUUAAACAAUGAAAUGUUCUCUACAGUGCUCAGCAACUUAGUGGAAUUUGUUGGGAGAUCAUACAGAAAUGUGGAGACUGAAAUACCGGCAGCAGCUUUAUUGACUGGUAUCAACAUGCCUGAUCACAGAGCCCAAUUUACGGCCCUAUCCAAGCAGAUUAAAGAGCAGGUCUCACCACAUGUUGCAUGUUUAUAUGGGCAAGACUGUCAGAAUUUAAAAUAUCUUGUUGAGAACAUGAUUAAUCAGUUUGUGAAUGAUGAUAGAUGUGCUGAUGAUUUUGAUGAGGAAGACAUGGAGGUAGACAAUAAAAACGUUCAUAUAAAAAAAAGUCAGUUCAGCUUUUCCUUGCUCCAAUCCUGGUAUGAGGAACUGUAUCCUGUGGCAACACCAAAAAAAGUAUUGGUUGUGAUAAUUCCAGAUUUUGAAAGCUUCAAUCCUAAGGCCUUGCAAGACUUUAUAUUGAUUGCAAGUUCUUAUUUGAAUGUUUUGCCAUUUGUCAUAGUAUUUGGUAUAGCCACAUCUAUAACAACACUUCACACAUCUUUACCUUACAGAGUUUCCUCCAGACUGAAUGUACAAGUUUUCAAUUCAAAAUCAUCAACUGAGUAUUUAAAUAAAGUUUUGGAAGAUGUUUUUUUUACUUUAGACUGCCCAUUUCAACUAGGAGGGAAAGUCUUUAAUCUUUUUACAGACAUAUUUUUGUUUUAUGACUUUUCUGUUAGUGGAUUUAUACAAAAUAUAAAAUAUGCAAUGAUGGAGCAUUUCAGUUAUGGCAAUGCCAUGGCUUUGUGUAAUGAAUCAAAAAAGGAAAUUAAGAAGAUAAUCAAAGAAUAUACUCAUGAAGACUGUGAAAAUGUCAGAAGGCUUUUGUCUUUUAGACGACUUGUUGAAAGUGAAAGCUAUGAAAAUCAAAUAAAACUCCUUACUGAUGAUGAGUACUUUAAAACAGUUUUGGAGGAUGAGGUUUCCAAGCUGAAAAAAUACAUUAGAAGGCUACAUAUCUUUUUAAAAGCUCUUUGGGUUUUAGUUAAUGAUCUACCAAAAGCACCACUAGGAAAGCAUUUAAGGGAGUUAUACUCAAUAGCAACGUCAAAAAACAUAACGAAAACGCAAGAGUAUAAAGAAUGUUUUCAGCUCCUCAACUUCCAGUCCAAAGAAGAGUUGUGCAAAAAAAUUGGGCUGGUCGUUGAAAGCAUUUCCAGCGUGAUUAACUUGUCAUACAACAAGCCUAACAAAUUGCAGGAAUUUGCACUAACACUGCAACAAUUCAAAGAUGAAAUGAAUGCUGUCAAUGAUAAUGAUGAUGAUUAUGAGGAUGUAGAAGUUCUGAACGAUGUGACGAACAACGACGAACAACUUUCCGGCCAAAUGGACCGCAAACAAUUAAAACAAAAAUUGUUGGGUAUGUCGAAACAACCCACGAAACAACUCAAUAGAUACGAAAAGAUGCGACUAAAGGUUUUGUCAUACAUUUCGGAAACAUUCUCGGGAUACCUGACUGAACCUUCGUCUAUGAUUUUUUACGAGAUAUUUUUCUUCAACGACAUGUCGAUUCGGUCCCACAUAAUCGGGGAACACAGAUCUGCCAUACAUUCUGCCCUAAACCAUCCUCAUUACUACCUACAAUGCAACUGCUGCGACGUUCCUGAAACAGCCAUUCGUUCUUGCAUGCCUGACAUUUCUAUAGCCUACAAACUACACUUGGAGUGUGGCAAGAUGAUCAAUUUGUAUGACUGGUUGCAAGCAUUCUUGAGCAUCGUGGAUCCCAACGACGUGGACGAUGAAAGUAAACGAAUUGUCCGGCCUGAAUUGCAGGCCCGGUUUACGCAAGCGGUGCAGGAAUUGGAGUUCCUUGGGUUCAUCAAGAGCUCCAAAAGGAAAGCGGAUCACGUCACACGUACCACAUGGGGUGGGUGACACUCUUAGGAUAAUAAUUUAUUGUCGCUUUUAUUUAAUAAAAUGUUUUUUACUGAAAA